UAAAACAGACACGCAAGCGGGUCAGAUUCAUUCUGGAGUGACUUAAGUGUGUUUUAAGUUUAGUGUUCUCACGGUUGUUUUGGUAAUGCCUCCUAAAAAAGCCUCUGCAGAGCCAGCUGCUGCGAUCCCAAAGGAUUCUGAGAAUGAAAUCGCUGAAACAAAACCAGAUGCUUCUGAAGGCUCCAGCGGUAAGACCGUUGCACGGAAAGUUUCUCCACACCCAUCCACGAUGGAGAUGGUGAAAGAAGCUCUGAAAGAGCUGGACUCCAGAAAGGGUGUUUCGGCUCAGGCCAUCCGGGGCUACGUCAAAGAGAAAUACACGACUGUGAAUGAGACACGGCUGAAGUUUUUGGUGCGACGAACCCUGAACAAAGGCAUCGAGACUGGAGUGUUUGUGAGACCUGCGAAUUCUGGGACGACAACGACAGGUGCCCAAGGGCGCUUUCGGAUUGCUGCCAAGACCAAAGCAAAGGAGGCCAAGACGCAGUCAAAAGAAAAUGUUGAUCCCAAUGUACAGAAAGCACCCAAAGCUAAGAAACCCAAGGCAACUAAAGCAGAGGGUCAAGGUAAAGUUUAUAGUUUCACACUGAGGAAAGUUGAGUCCAGUUUUGCUGCCCUACCUUUUGGUAGCACCCUCUUUGUAAAUCUGCAUAACACUGCAAAAUGA